AUGACUCCGGCGAGCCUGUGCGUCGGCUGCUCGGAGCUCGUCGUGGGCACGACCUACUUCCUGAGGACAGGCACGGCGGGAGUGCUCCUCGACGCCGCGGGCAACGAGCUGCCGGCCCUGGACACGCGGGACUACUGGGCCUUCGAGGUGGACUACGUCACCAACGACACACAGACGCCAGAGGUAGUCUUCGUGGGCGGAGUGGUGGUCCAGAGCUUCACAGUUGAAGGGUACAUCUAUUUCAGCGAGUACGUGACCGUGGUCACAGCCCCAUUUUCCCUCCGAGCCUGUUCUGGCUUGCCCGUCUCUUGA